AUGGGCAUCGAGAACCAACCACCCGAUGCACCGGCAUGGCGCGAAAACCUCAAUACACAUCUGAUUUGCCCUGACUGCAAACAAGUGCCCCCGGAUCUGAUUGAAGAGAAUGCUGACACAAUCUGCGCCAACUGUGGGAUGGUCCUUGCCGAGCGGCUUAUCAGUUAUGAGUCAGAAUGGCGUACUUUCAACUCAGAUGAAGGCAAAGGCGAGGAUCCCAACCGUGUUGGUGAAGCUGACAAUGAACUUCUUCUCACCAACAAUGCGGGCACAAUGAUUGGUGGUGGCGGUCCAAAUGUGUCAAAGGAAACACGCAAGCUCAAGAAAGCGCAGGCAAUGCAACUGGAAAAUAAAGCAGACAAGGCUCUGCAGGCGGCAUAUGCGCAGGUUGAGUCUUGGGGAGAGAAGGCCAAGCUCACUGGACCCGUCAAGACUGCGGCGAAGAUGUACUUCAAGCGGGUUUACGAAGCGAAUGCUCUUCGAGGCAAACAGACCGAUGUCAUCCUCGCGGGAUGCCUCUUCAUCGCUUGUCGUCAGUUACGAACUCCUCGAUCUUUCAACGAGAUUUUCGGUUUGACUUCUGUCCCUAAGAAGGAGAUUGGCCGGGCCUAUAAGAACUUGGAGAAGUUCUUGACCAAGGCUGCUCAUGAGAACAUUCAGGCUGUAGAAGGCAGCGGAGGGAUUGCAAACCGAGAAGUUCUUGAGUAUCGCGGCACACAGUCCACGAAGCCAGAAGAUUUAUGUGGGAGAUACUGCAACAUGGUCGGGCUGAACUUCAGAGUUGAGUCGAUUGCGAAAGCCCUCGCUAAAAAGAUCCCCACCAUCGAAGGCCUGGCUGGUCGCAGUCCCCUCUCCAAUGCCGCCGCUUGUACCUUCUUCGCCAGCUGGCUGAUAGGUUUCGGAAAGCCCAGCAAACAAAUCAGCGAAGUCGCGGGAGUGAGCGAUGCGACCAUCAAACAUGCCUACCGAUAUCUGCUGCAGGAGAAAGAACGACUUGUCGAAGAUAGCUGGCUCGGUGAACAACCCCCGCCCCAUGGUGGAUUUGGGGAUUUGAAGAACUUACCAGGUGCCUAA